AUGAAAUCCUCGAACUCCCCGGCAGAAUCUCAUCGUCUCCUUGAUUUUGUUCCGUCAAUAAGACCAUCGUUUCUUUCUGUUGUAUUAGUUUUCGUUUGCGGAUGUCUCUGGGUGAAGAAUGAAACAACAAACGAACGACUGAUAGCGCUGGAAUCUCGCGUUAACCUUUUCCCCUGCGUUCAGAGUGUCUCGAUUGAAAAUACUGACAGGAUAUCUCUUUCACCGACAGAAGCUACAGCAAGAGAUCUUUAUAAGAAGGUUCAGACACAUGUAUCCGAAAGGAUCGGUUAUACAUCAGGUAAGAUCUUCACUUCAGAUGUUAUUGAGAUGCAGAUACAUGUUUAGAACUGAGUUAAUCCUCUUUUGAUUUAGGUAUAAUCUUUCAUGGUGUGAGUUUGCUCUUACAUACGGGAUCUUUGGAUAUUGCAUUAGAUAAUCAACUAACACUGUAUAAACCCUUCAGGGGCACCCAACGAGAACGUAGUUUAAAACUACUUAAACAAAGCAUUGUUAAACGUAUUUUAGUAUUUAAACGGUAGAUAUAGGCAAAUUUUUAUCUCCUAAAAAUUUUUCAUCUGUUCGGAUUUCCUAGCUGAAAGUCUAGUGAUCCGAAAAUUAUAGGGAUCAAAACUUACCUUUUCGAAAAUUUCAGCCAGAUAAAAGGCUCUCGAAAAUUCUAGGUGACCUUUUAAGGGUAAAAAUCCGUUAAAAAUGGGCAAUUAUACCAUUUUUUAGAUGUUCGAAAAUCCUAGGAGAAGUAGGCAAGCAGUAAAUUUUACAACAAAUGUCCCGAAAAUUCUAGAUCUCAAAUCGUCUUCCGAACAGAUAUUUUCCGAAAAUUGUCGUUGGGUGCCCCUGACCCUUUUGCAACACUCUCGCUCUGUUGUAAUACUGCUUAGAUAUUCACUAAGCCACCUAUACUGGUAAAACAAUAAAGAAAUUUUCGGUGUAAAUGAUGUUGAAUUCAUAGUUUAAGUGUCGAACGACUUGCUCACGUGCAAGAUAUGUGGUCAAUACUCAGGAGGGUACUCUUGUAUAAUUUUAAAAGCCAUACAAUUAUGUGCCGCCACAAAGAGUGUACUUCUUGGCCCUUUUUGUUCUACAAACGCUGGUAUAAACGUAGGUCAUUUUGGUCUGGAAUCGGGUUUGGUUUUCGAGGAACCUACUGGAGCGUAUGCAUGGCGUAGUUAUCGUUUCAGUUCCACAUGAAUAAGAACGAAAUAGAAAUAUGUGAAUACGAAAUGCAUUUGAAGAAUUUUUUUGUUUGCGCUCUAAGUAAUGAUGACACAAUUUCUGUUUAAAGGCCAGAUCUAAAAACGGGUGCGGAUCUUAGAGGCUUGCAUGGUCUGAAAGCGAGUGUGGAAAAUUCAGUCUGAAAUAGCACUGUCUGAAUAAAAUUGUUAGGGUGGCGUAAAAUUUGAGAUAUUUUUUGAAAGGUUAGCCCCUAGAGGAGUUCGGUUAAGGGGUCUUAGGGCUUGCCGGAUUACUCGAUAAAACCUUUUGUAACUUCGAUAGGGUGGCAAGAUUGAAAGUACGUUUAUUGAACGGUCUCAGUUGGUUUAAAACCCUGGGAGGGACUUCCUUAUAAGAGGCUACUAGGGAUGUGCCGCUGUUUAGGGCCCCAUUUUCACGACUGAAUUGACUAUAAUGAGGUUGCAUUUUCAAUAGAAUUACUAGAAUGGGGUCGCACAUUUUCGGAUUUUUUGUGGUAAGACAGUUCUUAUUUACGGUUAGCAAACGUACCAGAAUGUUUGUUCUGUAGAUGAAAAGUAAAGUGUUCUUCAUACAGUGUAAAAAAUGGGUCAAUUCAUAAAAAUAAAAAGUGACUAAGUUAGGAUCGCGAAAAUUACAUAUUUGCCCAAAAGUGACUAAGAUAUAGGGUCUAUAAUUGGUCACAGAAUAGACUAUAAUGGGGUAGGGGCUCUUAGACGCCAGCGGCACAUACCCAGCAAAAAUUUACCCAAGUACCCUUCCCCUGGGGUUUGGAAUGUGUGCGUAGAACUAGAAAUCUAGAAUGUCAGCUUAGCUUUCUCUUGGAAGCAACAAGGGAAGAGGCAUGAGGACAAAUUAAAAAGUUGUAAACCAUGUUGUUGAAUUCAACCUCCAAAACGUUAAUUUUAUGUUAGAAAUGUCAACCUUAUCAUUCAUUCCGUUGAUUUGUUCGUUAUAUUUUCUCCCUUAUUUAUUUUUAAUAUUAAUCACUGGAUAUUAAAAAAUUUCUUAAUCUUACUUUACUGCAGUCAGCCCGUUAUCAAUAGAGGCAUCAGCAACCAUCCGGUUAAGGAAGCGAAGAAAAGUUUUGAACGACACUUCAACUGGCAUCACCAUACAUGAAGUGAGAAAAGAAAUCAGCAAACAAUUUGAACAACUUAUGCCCACCAAGUACUGUAAGUCAAGUGACAAGGUAUGUCCUGCAGGACCCCCCGGAUAUCCUGGUCCCAUUGGAGCGAGGGGGCCACGUGGCAGGAGGGGACCAAAGGGAAAGAAAGGUCCUCAAGGUCCCAUGGGACCACUUGGAAAAUUCGGAAAAACAGGAAUAACUGGUCCUGCAGGACCGAGAGGAGAAAAGGGAGAUAAAGGUCCUCAAGGUCCCAUGGGACCACCUGGAAAAUCCGGAAAAACAGGAAUAACGGGUCCUGCAGGACCGAGAGGAGAAAAGGGAAGCAAUGGGGAGGCAGGGGAGCCUGGGCCAAAAGGCAUCCCGGGACCACCUGGAAGGCCUGGAAAAUCGAUAUCUGCUCCACAAGUGAUGUUGUCGCCGGCAGAGCAGACACGAGAUGAGGGAGGAAAUACAGCAUUUUAUUGCACGGUCGCCGGAAAUCCUUCCCCAAUCGUGGAAUGGCAAUUUAAGGGCACAAAGCUUCUGUCAGCUUCAAAGCAUCUGAUUAAAGAAGGAGAGUUGAUCGUUAGAAAUCUGAAUUACAGCGAUGCUGGACCGUACACAUGUGCUGCCAGGAACAUUCUUGGAUCGUCUGAGGCCACUAGCAACUUGACUGUUCGAGGUAAGAGGAGCAUUUAACUUAGAGUUUUGUUAUAUCUGGCUGCUUGAUUUUGUAGGCUCCUUUGUGCUCCGAGAAUGCGAGAAUGCGAGGUUUGAAUAUAAAAAUGGCACCGCUGUUUAAUCAUUUACUUUUAUCUCUUCUUUCAUUUUUUUUAUUUCUUAAGCAGUGUAUAACGCCAAACCUUGAAUUUACUCACUCAUACCUUAUGCUAAUGAUUAAGGACUAUAGAUUUUGCUCGUUGGCAUUAGGCUAGUAGUCACGAGUGUAGUUCAACGUUUAAUCUGAGCCAUACAAACAUAAAGACAAUAAAUAAUGUUAAAGAUAACAACACAUGACAGGAAUAUUUGGACCUUACAUGAACGCGAUGGCACACAACACCAUCCUUCUCUUCCUCUCUUUUUAGCUUAGACCACCAGGGAAGGUUACUUAGGUUAAAUUUUUGCAGGAUAUGUGCCGCUGGCCUCUCAAAACGCCUACCCCGUUAUAUUCUAUGCAUGCUGGUCGAUCAUGUACUGGGUCUAUUUCAGGUCUUCCAGUCUUCACAAAAGUUCCACCUUCACUUGCCACACCAGUUCAAGGCACUACGUUUCAAGUAACAUGUCAAGCUGACGGAUAUCCUCGCCCCGCGAUAACCUGGACUAGAGCAGCAAUGCCCUUACCUGCUGGAAAGACUAGUAUAAACCAAGGCACACUUACCAUUAACAACUUGAGUCCUGCUGACAACGGUUUUUACGACUGCGUAGCUACUAACAUUAUGGGAACAAAGAAGAAAAGAAUCAACCUAGCAGUACAAGUGCAUCGUUCAGGUUUGUAUUGAAGGCACCGUCUCACUCUGAGGCUUCUCUGUAUAUACCUGCUUCAAUAAAAGGUUGCUUUGGCAAUUGGGCACUGGGCAUUUGGGCGUACGGAACUCACUGCAAUGAAUUGCUUGAGUGUCCACCAAACAAUAGCUUCCCAGUGCGCAAUUAUAAAAUGCCCAAAGCAAGAAUCAGGUACCGUUAGAUAAAACGUUCAUUUCAGUAAUGGAAAUAGUCUUAUCCAGCUUGCGAUCUUGGUUAAACACCAGAUAAGAGUGUUCAUUAUGAAGGACAGUUUUUCGAAAGUCUAAAUUUGUCACUGCGAGAACUAUACGGCUAUACCGAAAUAUAUCGCAGGGUGAUCCAUUCGAAGACCGCUUUAUUUUAAUUUUUGUUUUUGUUGUUUCUUUGUUUGUUUGUUUAUUUUUCAAGCAUUCAAAAACCAUCUAAUUACUGCUAA